CCUAUGCCUGCUGCUCGACCCAAUAAUCACGACGCCGAAGUACAGGACCAUGAGGACUCUGAUCGACCGUCAAAGAGAGCCAAAACCGAAAAAGAUAGUAAUGUAGGUGAUCUGAUCGAUGAGCAGGAAGAAGAAGAAGUGAGACAAGUGACCGACGAGGUCAAAGCCUCUGACUUGUACCUCGACACGAUAAAUCGAGCUGUACUUGACUUUGACUUUGAGAAAGUAUGCUCAGUAUCGCUGUCAAACAUCAACAUAUACGGUUGUCUCGUUUGUGGCAAAUAUUUCCAGGGACGGGGCAGGAAGUCUUACGCGUACGCCCAUUCUAUACACGAGGACCACCACGUUUUUAUCAACCUCGAGACCACACAGGUCUAUGUCUUGCCGGAUGGAUAUCCUGUAUCCGACCCAUCACUUGAAGAUAUCGCUUUUGUUCUGGCCCCAAUAUUCAACAAAUCUGUAACGAAUUCGCUAUCCUCACCGUCAUAUCCUGUAAAACUCUCUUACGAUCUCGGACAAAGAUCGUACUUGCCCGGUUAUGUCGGCUUGAACAACAUUAAACGGAAUGACCACAUGAACGUUGUAAUUCACUGUCUUCUUCAUGUCAAACCGCUCCGAGACUACCUACUGUUGUCCAAGUUCAAUAGCAAAGAGCCGGAGCUGCUGAAGCGCUUCGCCGGCCUAGCAAAAAAAGUCUGGAAUCCUCGCUUAUUCAAGAGUCAAGUAAGUCCGCAUGAGUUCCUCCAAGAGGUCAACCGCGCGAGUGCCGGUAAAUACAGUCUGGAGCGGCAGGGGGAUCCUGUCGAAUUCUUGGGGUGGCUGUUGAACCACCUUCAUAAGGACAUGGGAGGUAGCAAGAGAAAGAACUCGAGCAUGAUGUUCUCCACUUUUCAGGGGGAACUCAGGAUCGAAACGCAGCAGGUUCUCAUGCGACCUGACGCAGGCGACAAUGAAAAACCUAGAUUUGAUAUAGAUAGAGAUAUCAGAACUUCUGUAUCGCCCUUUCUGUUCUUGGCGGUCGACCUUCCGCCUCCACCCCUUUUUCAAGACGCCGUAGAGAAAAACAUCAUCCCUCAAGUCAGCAUCAACUCCGUGCUUGCCAAAUUUGACGGCAAGACGACCCAAGAAUCAGCUGGACAGUUACGUCGGUACAAAUGCCAGCGACUCCCUCCCUGCAUCAUUCUCCACUUUAAGCGCUUCACCAAAAAUGUCUUUGUCGAAGAAAAGAAUCCAACCAUAGUUACCUUUCCCCUUAGAGGUUUGGAAUUCAAAGACUAUAUUGAUACUCCACCACCUGGACAAUCGACAAUAUACGAUCUCAUCGCAAAUGUAACUCACGAAUCUGUUGCGGGUACAACACGCGACAAGGAAAACACUGUCUGGAAAGUCUUUCUACGAGCUGGUUCAGGUGAAGACGAGAAGUGGUUCAUGAUACAGGAUCUCAUCGUAGAAGAGACACGAAAGGAGAUGAUAUUCCUGGGUGAAAGCAUCUUGCAGAUCUGGGAGAGACGAGAGGAACAGGGAAAAAGUGAAAUGGACAUUGACAAGUAAUGAUAUAUGUCUUUGAACCAGUUCAGUCCAGUUCAGAGGUGUAACCCAUAAUUGAUGCGAGUGUCUGCUUACUCUGCCGAUUCCUCGUAAAGCGUGUAU